AAGUUACCCGAGACGGUAAAUAAACAACUGGAGUGUUUAUCUCUGUACGAAUGCAUUGAAGGGGAAAUUUUGUAACACAGUCGUCAAAGCUUUGCAUUACCAACAACAUUGACAUGGCUAGUGGAGAGAAGAAAUCAUUCUGUAGCUCCCUGAAGGAUUCGUUGACUGGGUUUAAAAAGAGUAACCUGAAGAAGACUGACACAAAAGUCACCACGGCAGGUGGAGAGUCAUUCAUUGAAAGUCAUGAUACAGAUGGAAAGGUAGUGUCCAAGACAACGAUAGGACAAUCAUAUGGCUUUGUAGGAUGGGGUAUACCAGAUAUGCAAGUCGGAGAAAUCCUACCAGGACUACUUUUAAGUUCCCAGGAUGUGGCCUGUGACCAGGAAGUACUACACAACUACAAUGUGACACACAUUCUGAAUGUUGCAACAUUUGUAGAUGAACACUUCCCAAAAAGUUUCACUUAUAAAUCUAUUAAGAUUGACGAUCACCCUGAUUUUCCAAUUUCAAAGAAAUUUGACGAAGCUUUUAAGUUUAUAGACAAAGGCAGAGGGACAGACGAGGGUGUUGUACUUGUUCAUUGUAAUGCUGGAGUUUCUCGUGCUGCUACCAUAGUCAUAGCUUAUGUUAUGAGUAGGGAAGGCAUGACACUUCAGCAUGCCUACAGUCAUGUGAAGGAUAAACGCCCUGCCAUUAGGCCAAAUGAUGGAUUUCAAAGUCAGCUUAAAGCUUAUGCAGAAGAACUGAAAAAUCAGAAGUGAAGAAACCAACUUUGAGUAGUUUCUUCCAACAAACUGGUUUUUAUUGACAUUUGUUGUUUUUUGUUGAUAUUUACGCACUGUAGAUGAUUUAUCAUGUUAAAUUUAUUUUGUACAAUUUUGAUCGUAUCAUGUUGUUUGCAAAUUGUUAAUUUAAACAGUCAAUUGAUAAACUGUAAGGUUUAGUGAAAUAAUUUGGUAAGUGUUUGAUGAGGUUUGAACCAUCGACUUAAGAGUUUAGAUUGACUUAGUACUACUCUAAAAAAAGAUAUUUUUGUCGGGCUCAAUUUUUGUGGUUUUUCAAUGUAAAAAGAAAUGACAUGUGAAUUUGUAUAUCAAGAGUAGCUUUGAAUUGAACAAAGAUAAAACCCACAUAAAAUAAAUGAUUUCAUAGUAGUCUUGGCUAGAGAGAGACAGUGAAAUUGAACAUGGCCCAUACCAUCUACGACCUGUGUGCCAAUGAUCAAAAUUACAGUAUCAGGUAUAAAAUUCCAGAAAGAGCUGUCAUAUUAAACUUCAGAAAGCAUAAUUUUCAACGUUGACACUCAACAUUAGGUAUAUCCAAUUAUUCAAGUGUUUGAAUUACAGCUUGAGCACUAUAUGCAUGAUGUAGUAUAUCAUGGCUGUUUCAGCCAAUCUGUAAAGUAUGUGCUGACUCAUCUUAAAUGAGUAUGACAAUCAGAGGUCAAUGAUGAAAUCCAAUAACAAUCACAAAAAUGGCUAUCAGUUGUAUAUUUAAAAGCAAUUGUGAAAUUGUCAAACUGUAUAUAUAAGUAUGUAUACAUGAUUUCGGUUGAUUUGAUUUCAGAAAAGAACUGUUUUUUUUAACUUUCAGGCCAUUGGCCGAAUCACUGUCCAUAAAUCACUGCCCAUCUGUGGAUAAUGUCUAGCUCCUGACCUGUUACCUCCACUGUAGCCAGCUCAACUAUUUCUCUGCUGUCUUUGUCAUCUUUAAUUUAAGGCAAUGACUACUUUUCUGGUUCACAUGUACCAUAUUGUAAUUCUAAUUUCUUGUAUCCAUGCAAUUUAGUUUAAAACUCUUUUAAGUUAGAUAUUAUGUACUUUCAGCCCACAAAUGGAAUAUUUUUUCAAUUUUCAUUACAAUAGAUGUGGUACUGAAAUAUUCCACGUACAGUAUGUUUUCAGAUAAAAAAAUUUAGAAAAAUGCUUUAAAUUCAAUCAUGAUAUAAUUUCGGUAUACCAACACCAAAGAUGUUCAUUUACAAAUACCAUUUACAAGGACACGGUACAUAACCAUGAUCUAUAUGUAGGUAAGUGAUAAAUGUAAAGAUCCUCUCUCUAGUUUAGACUGGUGUGUGUUCAACUUUAUCCUAGUGUCAGUGUGCACAUGCUUGCUUAUAGACAGCAAGGGUUAUCAUUAAUUCGAGCCACUGUUUAAACAUGAUAUUGUUUUUAUCCCAUUUAAUUACACAAACAUAUGAUAAGGUAAAAUAUUUAACAAACGAUUUUUAUAUUCUGUUAAUCAAAUUGGUUUUUUUUUUCUAUUUGUCAAUAUGAAUUUAAUAUUACCUGUUAUGAUAUAUAUAUUGUUUAAAAUACCAAUUGUUUACAAAUGAUAGAAAUAUUAGGAAUGAAAUAUGUUUAUUGGAUAUUUUAUAAUAUGUAUAUUUUUCUGUGAAGUAUAUAGAAUGUUUACAUGGUAUUUAAUAGGAUUAAGCCAGUUUAUAAUUCCUAACAUUACUGAUUAUCACACAAAAGAUCUAACAGGUCGUUUUAGUGUGUAUAGAUGUUUUGUAAUUUCAAGUACAAAGUUUCUAGGCCUUUUUCGGGGGUUCUGCCAAAUAUAUGCCCAAUUCCCAAUUUGAUUUAUUUGAUAAUAUGGCCAAAUUACCAAAAUAUUUUAUCACACCUGUAAUACAAUUUGAACAAUAGAAAUAAAAAAAAGAAAGGAAAAAAGAUUUUAAAUUACCUGGUAGGACUGAAAUCUAAGAAUACGAAGAUAUUGUUAUAUUUUACAGUACAAAGCUAACAAUCCUUUAUUCUACCAGUAUUGUCACCAUUUUACUUGGAUUUUUCCUGUUUAUAAUGUUAAAAAAACAGCUGUAUGCUGUAGAAAUUUAUAAUGAUAUAUUGUAUGCUAGAUUUUCAUGGAAAUGAUAAGCUUGUAAAACUUCACACAAGUCUUUUAUUCCAUUGCUUAAUAUUGAUUUUCAGUAUUUUCACACCAUUUAUAAAUUGGUCUUUGUUUCUCUAUUGUCUCCUUUAUCAGGUAAACUAAAUGCUUAUCACUUAAACACAAGAAAUUAAGAGGUAACUUAGGAUUGUUAACAUUUUUUAAGGCUGUUUUAUAAUCUAGAUAUAUUUACUUAGUAUUAAUUACAAUUUUUGCCAUGAAAUUAAUCCUAAUAUUUUAGAAUAUUUUUGUUGUGUUGAAUUGUUUUAUAUUUUUAUGUAUAGAUACAAUAUUUAAGCCAUUAAGUGCUAUUUAUCUUUUCUUUACUUAACUAUCACGUAUCUUGGCCUGCUUAUAAGAUAACAGAUAGUUAUCAUUUUUCAGAUCUUUUAUGAACCUGUUGGCUGGGAAUGUUGUUUAGUGCAAUUUUUUUGUUUCAUUAUAAGCAUAUGUAACAGGUUAUUUUCUCAUCUUACAUAUUUUGCUGUAUAUUUCUUUUAAUUGUGAAUAAGAGGCCCAUAGGGCCUAUAUCGCUCACCUGGGUCUUAAAACCCAGCAUUGGUAUACAUGCUUGUAGGUUGGUUAUUUAAAUUAUUUUCAACUUAAAGUUGUCACUUGACCUCUUUGAUGAGGGAAGACCAUUGAGUAAAUUUGUGUAGCAUGACUGUCUUUCUCAUUUGAUGCCCAGUAAGAGUUUAUAUGGUUAUCGGGUUGGUAUCUCAAUAUGUCAAAAAUAUGACCCAGAAUUAAUGUCUGUGGAGGUGUGUCACACCUAAGAGUCGAUUCUCACAACAUGGAUGUGUUUAUCUCUUGAUACCAAGCAUAUAUAUAUAUAUAUAUGGUUAUGGGGUGAGGUUCUCAACUGCUUCAAAAUUAUCACCAAAAAACUGAAUCCCUAAGAGUGGGGCAAGGCUCUAGGGCCAAUUCUUAUAUCAUGAUCGUGUUUUACUCUUGAUCUCCAAAAUAUUGCUAUACAAUUGUUUAUAGUUAUGGGAUUGGGAUCUCAACAGCUUCAAAAUAUAACAAGGAAACCAAGUCCCUGAGGAUCGGGCCAGACCCCGGACCAGUUCUUACGUCGUGUUUCUGUUUAUUACCAGAUGCCCAUUAUUGCUGUAUAUGAUUAUAGGGUGGGAAUCUUAACUGUUUCUAGGAUAUAACAAGGAAACUAAGUCCCAAGGGAUAGGGCCAGACCCAAGGGCCAAUUCUUAUAUCACAAUUGUGUUUAUCUCUUUAGGCCCAACAAUGCUAUAUAUGGGAUGGGGAUCAAAGAUAUAACACAUUUCCACUAUUGAGCCCCUUCCCUCCUGCCCUGGGCCCUGCCCAUUAGGUCCAGGAAUACACCAUUGAUACAAAAUAUGUUUCUCUUAACCUAAGGAUGCUCCUGACAAAAUUUGGUCAAAAUCUGCCUUAGUCGUUCAGUGCAAGUUUGUAGAAAAAGUUGACAGAUGACAAACGAUGGACGGGCCCUGUGGUAUAUAUAGCUCACUUGGCCCUUCUAGCCAGGUGCUAUGUACUUCUGCAUGUCUUAUAUAAAUCAAUAUUAUAAUACAUUCAGAAAGCUUUUUACAUUUUUCCUAUUGUGGUUUUUGUUGCUCAAUGGUUUGUUUUGCCCACUAUCACCAGAGGAGGAGCAACCAUUUUGGAUUUUGACUAGGCAUGUUUGUCAUUGCUACUGCUUGAGAAGUACAUAAACGUUCUGUUUAUUGUCAUACCUUUGUCGUAAUAUUUUAAAACUUUUAUGCUAUAAUAAAGCAACAAUUCCAGUGAUAAA